AUGGCUUUCGUUUUGCCAGCCAUCGCCUCACAAGGAGAUAUCGAAGAUGUUAGCGAAGACAUCAUCGAUGUCAGACAGUCACUCGACAAGACCAAGAAGUUACUCGGCGAAGUACUUGAUACACACAGAACAACCAACCAAGCGUCGAAUGAGCAAGAGAGGAGCCCUGAUGAAACUCUCGCAACGGAAGCAGCAUGGCUGAGGGCACUCGGAGAACAGCUCAACACGCUUGAGAGAUGCCUUGCGGCAAUGGAAGAAGAUCUGGGACAAAGGCGUGCGAACCUGUUGAGCAAUACAGCAAACAUCGAAAGCACGUUGAACGCAAGCACCGUUGCCGACAAGAGGCGGGAUCGAGAUAUCGCUAUGUCCGGUUCGCAAGCCAAAUACAUGGCUGUUGUGUUGCUGUUGAGCGCAUCGCUAUUGACGGCCCUGUUCGCACUUUUCUUCGUGUCGACUCAGAAGUGA